ACCUUGACGUCCUUUAGGCAGCUCAAAUUUAAGAUGCAGACAGGCGUAUGCAUGUGUCAGAACUCGGCGAGUGCACGCUGAAGAUUUGCGCAUUUUGCCUUGUAUGCAAAUUUUACAUCAAAAGGAAAAAGCUGGAAACAAAUGACAUGUGUGCUGAGGAAUGAAGAGGGAAGUGCGUUGAUGUCUGCAAUUCAGAUGCAUUACAAAAAGAGCAAGAAUGGAUGCUUUCACUGAAAGAAGAGGAAUAAAAUCUCUGAAGAAUGUCCUCUCAGGAAGAUGGGCAAGCUGUGAAUAAUCACCAUUUUGUGAUAUCCUAAGAGAAGAUGGGAAAGGGCUGUAAGGUUGUGGUUUGCGGCUUGUUAUCUGUGGGGAAAACGGCAAUUUUGGAGCAGCUCCUUUAUGGGAAUCAUACUAUUGGAAUGGAGGACUGUGAAACAAUGGAAGAUGUGUAUAUGGCUGCAGUGGAAACAGAUCGGGGAGUCAAGGAACAGUUACAUCUUUACGACACCAGAGGCCUACAGGAAGGCGUGGAGCUGCCAAAGCAUUAUUUUUCAUUUGCUGAUGGCUUUGUUCUUGUGUACAGUGUGAAUAACCUUGAGUCCUUUCAAAGAGUGGAGCUUCUGAAGAAAGAAAUUGAUAAGUUCAAAGACAAAAAAGAGGUGGCCAUUGUCGUGUUAGGAAACAAAACUGACCUUUCUGAGCAGAGACAAGUGGACGCCGAAGUGGCACAGCGGUGGGCCAGGAGCGAGAAGGUGCAUCUGUGGGAGGUGACGGUCACAGACCGCAAGACCCUGAUCGAGCCCUUCACCCUGCUAGCCCGCAAACUCUCCCAGCCCCAGAGCAAAGCGAGCUUCCCUCUGCCUGGGAGGAGAAGCAAAGGCAACUCCAGCUCUGAGAACUAAACCCUAGGGUGCACAACUGUCCCUUGAACGGUGACCGCCUCGAGGUGUCUGUGAACUCAUGUAAAACAGGCCAUUUCUGUCUACCUUUGGUCCUUAGGAAGCCCCUAGGGAAGUAAUUUAAUGCACUUUCAGUUAUAAUUCAGUUACUGCUGCCUGACAUGAAUAUAUUUGCAUUCGCCUUGUUUCAGACUUGUCCCUAAAAUUAGCACCUUUGUUAUCUAUAUUAUGUUGCAUUUGUCAAAAAAAUAAAAUAAAAUUUGGGUGGUAUGCACAUGUA